AUCAUAACAACGCGACGCCGCACAUUGGUUCGCUGGAAAAAGGUUCCUUGUGAGAAAGUUGCCGCAUUUCGUUUAGAUCAGACAGGCCAGAAAGCAGGAAAAAGAUGGCAGAUAACCAGGAAAUGUCUCCAUUGGAGAAGAAGGUGGCAGAACAGAUCGAGUACUAUUUUGGUGACCACAAUCUCCCCCGAGACAAGUUCUUAAAGGAGCAGGUGCAGUUAGAUGAUGGCUGGGUCACUCUCGAGACCAUGCUCAAAUUUAAUAGACUGAAAAGUCUCACGUCUGACGCAGAUGUCAUAGUCCAGUCGCUACAGAAAUCCAAAACGGGUUUGCUGGAGAUCAGUGAGGACAAAACCAAAAUUAGGCGAAGUCCAAACAAACCCCUUCCAGAGAACAAUGAGGAAUACAGAGACACUCUAAAACACAAAUCCAUCUACAUGAAAGGUUUUCCUCUUGACACUACGCUGGAUGAGAUUAAAGACUGGCUCUCUGAUAAAGUAACAGUUGAGAACAUCUACAUGAGGAAAGGACCACUGAAGACUUUCAAAGGCUCCAUCUUUGCGGUUCUAGAAUCUGAAGAAGCUGCGAAGGCCUUUGUCGAGCGUGCCGAUGUGAAGGAGUACAAAGGAAACGAGAUGAUUGUCUUGAUGAAAGAGGCCUAUUUUUCUAAAAAGAUGGCCGAGAGGAAGCAGCAUCGUGUUGACGCAAAGGCUAAAGCAAAAAGUGAAAAGGAGGACAAGCAAAAACAAGCUGAAGAGAAAGAGCUGAAAUCCCUCGAUGAGCAGAGAGGUUGCCUUUUGAAGUUCACUGGUGAAUUAAGCGAUAUCUCAAGAGAAGAUUUUCACAAAGUUUUCUCUGAUCAUGCCCAGAUCAGAUGGAUCGAUUUCACUAGAGGAGCUAAAGAGGGCACCAUCCUGUUCCACACAAAUGCCAAAGAGGCCCUGCAGAAAGCCCGUGAGGCUCAGGAAGGGGAGGAGGAGCUGAAGGUCAAAGGCAAGGUCGUUCAGUGGGAGGUGCUCGAGGGAGACACAGAACUGGAGACGCUGAAGAAAAUCAUCGAGGAUCAGCAAGAGUCCAUAAACAAACGCAAGGGAGGCAGAGGAGGUCACAGGGGUCGUGGAAGAGGCAGAGGGGGUCGCAGAGACAGAGGAGGAAGAGAACAGACACAGUUCCGGGGAAAGAAGACCAAGUUUGACAGCGAUGAGGAGGCAGAUGAAGAACAUGCUAGUCCAAAGAAGAGAGCACUUGAGACUGACAAUCAAGAUAAUGGAGAGCCGGCCUCCAAACAAGCAAAAAGCGAGAACGGAUCUUAAGGGCAAAGAGCUGUGGCCCUACUUUCCUGAAUUGUACAGUAGAUAUCAAGAAUUCCUGAAAAUGCAUACUCAGACUACUUCCAGUGUCAAAGGCCUAACUGCUGCACAAAAGCUUUGCCACCACACUUCUCCCAAAACUCCCCAUGAAAAACGCUUUAUAUGCCAGAUUCAUAUGGAGAAUUUUUUGUUUCUUUGAACAAGCAAAAAUGGAUACUAAGGUUGUUUUUUAAUUUAUUUGCCAUUUACACGUAUAUGAUGGGUUUAUAUGUGUGGCAGGGCGGAGGGCGGGGCCGGGUCGUGUU